AGUCUGAAAAUUAUUGCUAAUGCUGACCGAUGUUACUCACUUCUUACAUUUUAUUGUGUUAUCAAGUCGGUUAUUUAAGCAAAAUACAAAAGUUCAUAAUGGUAUUUUAUUCCUUGGUGUUUAUCAUACUUUUAAUAACUCCAGCAUUUUCUAGGCAUCUACCAAGGUAUGAAGAUAUGGAUGAAGACGAGCAGAUGUUAUACAGAGCGGCGUACGAAACGCCCUCUUACGAUCAUUACGAACACGAAGAAAACGACAGUUCUAUGGCUAAAUUCGAUUUACUAAGAGAUGUGGUAUGGGCUGUCAAUGCGAAGAAUAAAGAGCUUAAAGCUUUUACUAAAGCUCUGGCUGCGAACUUGUUGUCUACUAAGCUAAAGCUUAAAGAACUGAUAGCAAGUGGCGUACUUAUUAAAAAACCUGUGCAUUUACAUGAACCACCAGAAAAGAAGAGACCUAAUCAUGAUUAUCAGGCCGCACCGCAACAAUACGAGCCGUACGCACCGCAACAUGCUCACAACCCCUACUAUGGAUAUUAAAGUCGAAUAUAUUACACAAAAAUAGCAGGAUUUAUCGUUAAACUUUUUUAUUUUAAAGUACAAGAGAUUACUUGAAGGAUUAUUA